AAUAAAAGAACGGUAACACUGUCUGUGGAUGCAAAAUAAUGACGCUGACAUCGAAUCGGACCUAGGGGACGUAUAAUGGAUAAUAAUGUAGAGCAAGCUGCAAUAAAAAGCAAAACAGAUUCCGCAACAGUAAAUAUUGGAGCAGCAGCAGCUGGAUCCGCAACAGGAACAGUCAGUGGAGCUAGCGGUGCCGGGGUCCUGGCCAACGCAAACUCACAUUCGAACUCGACCUUUUGGAAAAACAGCGGACGGAGGGUGCCCGGACGGCCCAGUCCGAAGCGGGAGCUUGAUAAGUCUGCGGGACUUGGAGUUGGCAUGGUGUCCACCUUCCGGGACUAUCAGCAGUCGGUGAGCGAUGCCUGGGACACGGGCGACGAUGAGUUCUGCAUCAUCAGCAACUCGGAAGCAGCAGCAGCUGCAGCAGCGGGAGCCGGCGAUACUGCAAGGAUUUCUCGCCAAGUGUCCCAGACGGUGGCCCUUAACGUGAUUGAAACGCAUUCGCGGAGCAACCAGAACCACAACGCACCCAAGACCUUAAAUGAAUGCGGUCCUGAAGUGAUAUCGCCAAGUGGAAACCCGGCGGAAGAAGGCAAGGAAGACCGCCGGAACCAACCGGACAGCAACGAGAACAGAUCAAGAUUACGGAACUACCCAGGACGGCCGCAGCUUCAGAAGAUUAGGUCAGAUUGCCAGGACAGCGAGUAUGAGACGAAGAUUGAAAAGUUCCAGGUACUUCUCGAUUCGCCACAGCUGGAUUUGGCGGCUCUUAAGAAACUGAGCUGGUCGGGAGUGCCCAGAAAGAUGCGCGCUGUUAGCUGGAGGCUGCUCUCAAAAUAUCUUCCACCCUCGAGUGAACGGCGGAUGGCGGUGCUGGAGAGUAAACGGCAAGGAUACCAAGACCUCAGGCACAACUACUUCCGCGUGGACAGUCAGGAUGAGACGCAACAGGAUACGUACCGCCAGAUUCACAUCGAUGUGCCUCGCAUGAAUCCCCAAAUACCGCUCUUCCAGCAAAAGCUCGUGCAGGAGAUGUUCGAGCGAGUGCUAUUUAUCUGGGCCAUAAGACAUCCAGCUUCCGGUUACGUUCAGGGCAUCAACGAUCUUGUUACGCCCUUCUUCAUUGUCUUUCUCCAGGAGGCUCUGUCGCCGGACACGGAUCUCGAAAAGUAUGAGAUGUCUACGCUGCCCGAGGGUACUCGUAAUAUAAUCGAGGCCGACUCAUUUUGGUGCCUAUCCAAGUUUCUUGAUUGCAUUCAGGAUAACUAUAUCUUUGCGCAACUGGGUAUACAGGAGAAGGUUAACCAACUCAAGGAUCUUAUACAACGUAUUGACGUGAAUCUACACCGUCAUUUACAGGCGCAUGGUGUCGACUACUUGCAAUUCUCAUUUCGCUGGAUGAAUAAUCUGCUGACACGCGAACUACCGCUGCACUGCACCAUCCGUUUGUGGGACACAUAUCUGGCCGAGUCCGACGGAUUCGCCCUGUUCCAUUUGUACGUGUGUGCCGCAUUUUUGCUGCACUGGAAGGAGCAGCUGAUGCAACAAAACGAUUUUCAGGGUCUCAUGUUGCUGCUACAAAAUCUGCCAACACACAACUGGUCCGAUCGCCAAAUCAACGUUCUACUGGCCGAGGCAUUCCGCCUUAAGUUCACGUACGCCGAUGCACCCAAGCAUCUGGAAACGAAGAGUUGACAAAAGAAUCACAAACCAUGCAUAUACGUAACAUAGAAGUUAGUUUACUAAAAUUUGCGGAAUAUACCUACACAUAAACGUACGCCUACAUAUACAUCUAAUAAUUAUAUACAAUUUGUUAUUUAGCCGUUUCUAUGUUUUGUUUCUUCUCUUCCUCUCAUUUACAAUUUUGUGUUUUCAUUUUAAAGAAUUCGUACGUAAAAGUUAAAAAAUUAUCCCCUUUUUGUACAUACAAAUCAAAAUUGAAAAUACAAUUCAACACGUUCUACGGGUCGAGAGCAGUUUCAAUUA